UUGGCGGACAGGAUAGGGGCGGGGCCUGGGGUCGUUGCAGGCGGCUCCAGAGGGAUAAGGUAAGGGACUGGAGGCGAACCCGGCGACUCAGCGGUCUCGCGGCGACCGCGAACUCUCUCCACGCCCCGACAGGCCCCCACCUCCUUCAGAAUGACGUUGGACGUGGGGCCGGAGGACGAGCUACCGGACUGGGCCGCUGCCAAGGAGUUUUACCAGAAGUACGAUCCUAAGGACGUCAUUGGCAGAGGAGUGAGCUCAGUGGUCCGCCGUUGUGUUCAUCGAGCUACUGGCAAUGAGUUUGCAGUGAAGAUCAUAGAGGUGACAGCUGAGCGGCUAAGUCCUGAACAGCUGGAGGAGGUGCGAGAAGCCACGCGGCGAGAGACGCACAUCCUGCGCCAGGUCGCUGGCCACCCCCACAUCAUCACUCUCAUCGAUUCCUACGAGUCUUCUAGCUUCAUGUUCCUGGUGUUUGACCUGAUGCGGAAGGGAGAGCUGUUUGACUAUCUCACAGAGAAGGUGGCCCUCUCAGAAAAGGAAACCAGGUCCAUCAUGAGGUCUCUGCUGGAAGCAGUGAGCUUUCUCCAUGCCAACAACAUCGUGCACCGAGACCUGAAGCCUGAGAAUAUUCUCUUGGAUGACAACAUGCAAAUCCGACUUUCAGAUUUUGGAUUUUCCUGCCACUUGGAACCUGGCGAGAGGCUGCGAGAGCUGUGUGGGACCCCAGGGUAUCUAGCACCAGAGAUCCUUAGAUGCUCCAUGGAUGAAACCCACCCAGGCUAUGGCAAGGAGGUUGACCUCUGGGCCUGUGGGGUGAUCUUGUUUACACUCCUGGCUGGCUCACCACCAUUCUGGCACCGGCGCCAGAUCCUGAUGUUACGCAUGAUCAUGGAGGGCCGGUACCAGUUCAGUUCGCCUGAGUGGGAUGACCGUUCAAACACCGUCAAAGACCUGAUCUCGAGGCUGCUGCAGGUAGACCCUGAGGUGCGCCUGACGGCUGAGCAGGCCCUACACCAUCCUUUCUUCGAGCGCUGUGAAGGCAGCCAACCCUGGAACCUCACGCCCCGCCAGCGGUUUCGGGUGGCAGUGUGGACAGUGCUGGCUGCUGGACGAGUGGCCUUAAGCACCCACCGCAUACGGCCCCUGACUAAGAGCGCACUAUUGAGGGAUCCUUAUGCACUGCGGCCAGUGCGGCGCCUCAUUGACAACUGCGCCUUCCGGCUGUAUGGCCACUGGGUGAAGAAGGGCGAGCAGCAGAACCGGGCAGCCCUCUUCCAGCACCGGCCCCCUGGGCCUUUUCCCAUCACAGGCCCUGAAGAGGAGGGGGACUCAGCUGUUAUCCCUGAGGAUGAGGCUCUGCUGGUGCUGGGCUAAGACCUCAGCCCUGAGGAAUUCCAGAAAGUAGGACUCUCCAGGGGGAGGAUUUUUAUCAGUCUAGCCCCUCUGGGCUCCAGCCUGAAGCCCCUUGGCCCACCACUGAUCAUGCUACUAUCAUAAAGACAAGCCCUGUACACCUACCCCGCCAGCCAGGGCUUGGAGAUCAGAGCUGGGGUGGAAGGGAGCCACCUGGAAUGCCAUGCCUGGACUCGCCACUGUUGCCUGUACUGCACAUGAAAUAAAAUCUGCUAUGUGCCAGGGAAAGCAGGUGCCCCGUAUCUGGUUAUUUGGGCAGGGAGGCCCAGAAGGUGCUCAGGAUGUGGGGGUAGGGCUGGCUCAGGCCUUUAUUGGGGAAAAUGCUGGGGAUCACUUGGUCUUGUUCUUGCCUUUCCCCGGGGGCAGGUGGUAGGGCCGCUCCAAGGCGGCCAACUUGCUGUUGAGCCUUUCUUCGCUGGCCAUGAGCUGCUCCUCCACUACCUGUCGCAGCUUUCCCAGCUCCUUGUUCAGCUGGGUCUUGAUGAAAGCUUGGAGGGUGGAGACUUGACCUGCAGGGGCAGGGGAGGAGGGAUCGGUCAGGAGAGAUGCGCGUGGGGCUGCGGGAAUUGCCCCUAGCAGGGCAAACAACUCCCAAGGUGCUCCUCAGGUGGCAAUACAUCAGGAAAUGUCAGCCAGCCCGUCUAUGAGAGAUAGAUGGGCAGAGCUGCUUUACCACACUUGCUGGGUUCACAUGCUGACUGCUGUUUAGUAGUUGUGUGACCUUAGGUUAUUUAACCUCUCCAUGCUUUAGUUUCCUCUGUGUAGAAUGUGGAUAAUAACGACACCCACCAUUAAGAGUAGAUUGAAGAUUAAAUGAGUUAGUAAAUGUAAAAUGCUUAAAACAGAGCCCGCCUGGUACACAGUAAUUGCCAAAUAUGUGCUAGCCCUUAUUGUCACCAGUUUUAUAACCAUCUUCUCUGGAGCCCCUGCCCCGCCCAGUACACCCCAGUGUUUAUAUCUGUUUGUCAUACUGGACUUCUGCGUAAGGAAUCCUUUGGAGAAAAAGCACUUGAUUUAAAAAAAAAAAAAAAAAAAAGGUCUGAAGUCCUGAUACGGUCAAAACCAUUUGUUUUACAUCCGCCUGGAGUCACAGGGGACCCUAAUCCCUCCGGGUCCUCACUUGACUCUUGCUCUGGCUGGGCCACUGUUUCCGGUUCCUGCUCUUGCGGGGUGACUGCCUGCUCUUCUGCCUCUUCGCCUUCUUCUUUCUCUGUAAGCCAGCAGGAAGAGGCUUCAGCCCCAGUACCAGCCCUAGUCACAGCCCUCUCCCUUACUCCUCUUACCCUCUGGCCAGAGCUUGGGUGGCUGCAGCCCCAAGUAAGUCAAAGACAGAUCCAGCCGCACCUGGGAGGAGGGAGGCUGAGUGGAGGCUGUCUGCACUGAGGGAAAGAGGAGAUGAGGGGUGGCCUCUUGUAGCCCAUGGCCCAGUACCUGUGGUGUGAAAACGUAUUUGUAGAGCUUGAAGUGGCGGAAGUAGGUGUUGAUCACAUAGUCUGAUAGGGCCAGCAGCUGUUCCUCAUUAAAAAGGUCGAUGCUGAAGGGAGGCCGCUGUGGGAAUGAUCAGGAAUUAGAGGACUGACCCACCUCAGGCCUCCCUUCCCCCCACCACCAUCUCCUGCAGGCCUGGUCUCUCCUCUAAGACUUGGCAUCUAGGAGCAGGGAGAACCCACUGCAGUCUUUAGAAGAAGAUGAGGGUGAUGACUGUCAGAGCAGGAGGUGAGGCUGGACUGUGUCUGGGGGAGGGUGAGGGUCCCAUUCCAAGGAACUGACCCUGACUCCAUGGCAAAAAAGUACACUGGUGAAGUAGCAGUAACAUUCUUCGACGUUGCCCAAAGGGGUUGCUGGGAUGGAAAACAAGAUAGGACGGUGAGUCCCCUCCCUGAUAUUAAUUCAUUUCACUCACUCAACGUUAAUACUGAGCAUGAGAUUUAGUGGCAGACAGAUCUAGGUUCAAGUCCUGGCUUGUUUCAUUAAUUCAACAAAUACUGAGUAUCCACUAUAUACUGUUCUAGGCACUGCAUCAAACAGGCAAGGUCCUGCCCUUAUGAAGCUUAUAUUCUAGUGGAAGGGACAAUAAACCAAAGAAUAUAAUAGCUUCAAAUAUUGUUAAAUAUUCCAAACAAAAGUCAGGGAAUAAAGUAAGCAGGGGUUAUUUUACUGAGCACAGUGCAUGCAUUUACAUUUACUAUUUUUCAGAACAGUCCCACGAAGUUAGUGCUAUAUCCUCAUUAUAUAGAUGAGGGAAAAGGAUUUCAAAGGUUAAAUUGUGUGUGAUAAUUCUGUUAGGUAGUGACAGAGAUUCCAGGUGGUAAUCCCCCACUUCCUACUUCCUGUCGUCUCUUGUGCCAGCCAAGCUUCUCCCUCUCCCUGGGACUCAAACUGUCCAGUAGCCUCCUCCCUCUCACCAACACAGGCCUUGUGGAGAUCCUGGAGCAGGGCACAAGCUGCUGAUGUCUGCUCCAGUGAGAACCCUUGCUGGCGGCAGAAGAUGAGUGCAUGGGAGAAGAGGUCCAAGGUGAUGGCCUCCCGUGGGUUCUCCUCAGGACAGCUCAGCCCCAACAGCUCAGCCAGCACCCUUAGGAGGGGGAGAGGAAGGAGUGAGUGAGGGAGUGCAGAGGAAUGCCUAGCCCCCUUCACCACCUCACACUCACCACAUGCUUUGGAGCCAGCCAAACCCAUCCCCCUCAGCCUUCCCCAAGAGCUCUUCUUCCCCUCCCUGCUCAGCCCCAUACUCCCUCAUCUCCUCAGCAUUGGUGGUCUUCUCCAGCCGGUGCAUAGAAUGGAUGUCCAGGUACUUCCUGUCAUAGGACAAAGGAGGUGUUGGUGGUUGUUAGGAAUGUCUUGUGGCAAGGGUUAUAAUGGCUGUAGGUUUGGACUGAAAACUAGACCUGAGUUUGAGGCUUGGCCCUUUCACUCACUUGCUCUGUAACCUCAGGCAAGUCACUUCCCUCUCUGGACCUCAGUUUCUCCAUCCCCAAAUGAGGGGAUGGCCUAAAUGAGCUCUUAAGAUCCUCUUCGUUUAUGAAACCUAGGGUUAGUAAACGAGGUCUUGUCUCUAUUUGGCCACUACCUUGCUGUAUGACCUUGGCCAAGUCCCCCUUGUGAGCCUCAGUGUCCUUAUUUGUACAGUAGCAGCUCUGAUAGGCCACUACAUCCUCAAUCCUUGGCUCCUUCCUUCCCACACUCCCUCUGUGGACUGGGGAGGCAGAAAAGCUAGCUUCUAGUCACCUUGGGUAACUGCACCUCUAUCUCCUCUGCGAAAUGGAGAUACCCUGGCUACUUGACAGGGCUGUUGGAGACGCCACUAAAGGAAUAAUGCAAGGAUGAAGCGUAACCUUUUCCCGUGGUUCUUCACACUCACCACAUGCAGAUCCGAGGCUUAGGCAGCGGCGGCUGCGGAGAGAAAGCGGAUUGGGGAAGGCAGAGCUGUGCUGUCCGUGGUCCUUCGCGAGUCUCUAUAUCAAGGACCACGUACAAGCAAUGCAGGCGAGGCUGGGCUUCAGCAGGCCCUAAUUGCUAUAUAUAAGCAUAUUUACAACUGGGGUUGUUCCCAAGGCAGCUCGGGAAACAUCUUUUACGUUAAACAUAAUGACAAGUGGCGCCCCGCCUAGGAUCCCUCUUAUAAAUAUCCCUGAGCAGACCACUCUGCUUCAUUCUCACCGGGAACAAGCCGGCUCCAGGAUCGUCGUCCACUUCCAUGGAGGCGACUGUUCCCGACUCGGUUCGCACACCCGUUCCCAUCCUCGUGGCCGAUUCACGCACUGAGCUGAAAUCUUUCUCCGGUUCCCGCUGCAGUUCGGAGGGUGGUUCAAGCUCCGACUGCAAUCUCAGCCCCAGCCAUUGGCUGGACUUUUGGCGGAUCAUCCCGUCGCUUUUCCGUGCUGCGAAGCAGCUCAGCCUCUGUCCCGCCUCCGGUCUGGGACAGCCGGUUCUCGGGCAGCGACUGCCAAGGUCUGGCACUGUAGCGACACUUCAGCCAAUCUGCGCCACAGAGAGGCUCAGUGCAGCCAAUCCGCGGGAGGCGUCUUCCCUCGUCUCAACAGUGACCGUUGCUAAGGGGGCUUGUGAAGGAGGGACAGUAGAAAGUGAAGGGCACUGACCAAUCCGUGGCAAGGGGAUGCGCAUGCGUAAUAAGUUGCAAGUGCCCACUUCUGUGCCCAAAGUUGCCAAUAGGAGAGCAGGCUAUGUCCUUGAGUGGGCGAGGUGGGAGUGUGGUGUCAGUUACCAUGGGAACUGUCUAC